AUGGCAGUGAUCUAUAAUAGGAAGAAUUCUUCUGCAGCUGAUCCAGCGGAGUUGAACACAGCGGAUCAAUAUCCGCUGCUACAUCCGCUGAAAGAUCUGUUGCCAGUUCUGAUCGAUGGGGAUAGGCAUGAAGGCCAAUCAUUCCGGUUAUCUGAGUUUCCCUCGACAAUGCCGGAGAUGUUCUCAGAUGCUCUUAGAUCGGGGGUUGAGAAGUACGGAAGUGACAGAGAAGUCAACCUUGUUUGCCAAGGGACUAAACUAUCUGCUCUAUCUGAUACUGAACUAGAUGCCGCAAAGCCCCAACUCUGGCUCAAGAAAAGAAGGGGGGAGGUGGAAGCUCGACUAGGAAGGUUUGGAGGGAAAGAUGAUAAUAGAUCGACUUAG